GUGGGUCCAGUGGGUCCAACUGAGAAACGAUUCUCAUCCGUGGUUCGGUUGCCGGGAGACGAGCACCAAACAAAUUUCAACAUUUUUACUUUAAAAACUUCACCGUUUUUGAAAAAGUGACGCGCAUUUGUGAACCGUAACUGAAUUUGGUUUCCAUCUACACUUACCAUCUUGGUGGUUGCUUUCGUAGUGUUUUUAGCAGGAAUAGCAAUUUUUUCCAGCCGAAAUUAGCCAGUGAACGGUGUUAUGAAAACAACAGGUUCAGCGUUGGGAUCACUCUCUCACACCGCACUUUCUCCUUCGAGUGUUUUGUUUCAUGGGAGAUGGAUUCUGAUGUGAUUCGACGAUGGAAAAUGUCAUGCGAAUUACAGUAGAACUUUGAUAUGAUGGCAGAGAAACUGGAAGAAGUUUUCCCUAAAAUUUGGACUGCAGGACUCAAUCCACUUGAUUUGAGCAGAAAUGGAAAACUUCAUGAAAUAAACCUCAAUGAUUUCUUCAAAGUCAAGAAAUUUUCCACCGAAAACACCAGCAAUGCAUACAUCAUUGAGUUUACUUCGACCCACGUGUUGAUUGCUUCCGGACAGACUUUGUAUUCCAAUUCUGCUAUCACUCAAAACGCCCACUGCAUAGAUUUCGAUAGUCAAAUUGUGCAACUGUCCGCCUGCACAUGGUACUGCUUAGUACUGCUGGUCGAUGGAAACUUGUUCAAGUACGAUUUCCACGAAAAUCGCCAUACCAAGCUUGAUUUUCUCACCGUAGAGAAUGCAAUGGUAUCGGAUGAAAAAGAAACAAUCACUCACCUUGCCUGUGGUGAUAAGCUUUCCAUCGCUAUUACUAGCAGAAAGUCAGUCUUCACCAUCCCAAACAGGGUGUUCACAUUUCCCAAACACAUCCGGAUCGCUAAAGUUGCAGCAGGACUGGAACACUGCCUUCUCCUGACAUCUAAUGGAGAUUGUUAUAGUUGGGGCGGCGGACUACGCGGUCAGCUGGGAAACGGUGAGAUUACACCGCAUUACGAACGACCACAGUUGAUCGAGGCUCUUGCUGGUGUUAAAAUUUUGGACAUCGCUGCCGGUGGGUGGCAUUCUGGAGCAGUUUCCUCGUUUGGAGAUUUGUACACCUGGGGAUGGAACAGUAAGGGUCAGCUGGGGCUAGAGGGGGAGAAGCGAACGAGAGGGAGCGUGUUCGCUCUACCGCAACUGUUGGAAGUGCUGGAUGCUGACGGUGUUGAGGUUUCGUUUGAAAAAAUCUACUGUGGUAACGGAUAUUCAGCAGCGAUAAGCACCACCGGUGCUAUUUAUUAUGCCGGGGAUGAUAUAACGAACAAAAUAAAAUAUCAACAGAUCCAGAAAGAAGCCAAAACAGAACGAUUCAAGUUUUUCGAUACAACCGCUUGCAUUGAUGGGAAAAUUCGUCUAAAGAGCGGACCCAAUACGAUUAUUUUUAUGAAUCAGAUGAAGUUAGCGAGUAAUAGUGGAGAAUAAGCUUAUGCUACUGUACCAUAGAUGGCCGUCGCAUGUUAAAUGUAUCCUGGUUGCCAGAUUGAGAAUAGUCGGAUUGCCGAAGUAAUUUGAGCACGUGAUUGUCGAAUCGAUUUUGACGAUUAACCCACCAGUGCCCAGUGUAUGAAUAUUAAUACGCAAAAAUGGCCGUUUUUGAUGGAACUGAAGUGUUAAGCGCUUUUUAAAUGAUACCACAUGACAAUUUAAGAGUGUUUUUUGAGUCAGUGUCAUUUUAUCCGUAAUUUUUGUUGUUUUGUUGUGUAUUAAAGCUUGCAAAGUUCGAGUUUCUCGCAAAAGUCGCAAAGUAAACAUAACCUACACCUGGGCAGUAAUGGGUUAAGGACACUUAAAUUCGAAAUAACUUUUCUUUCUGGUUUGUUGGUUGGUUAACCUCAUACUCGUUCGUUUCCAUGACACACGUUACAUAACAAGAUUGUAGUUCAGCAACAAUUAUUUGAAAA